AUGGUCCCGACUGAAGUUGGGGUGAUAGAGAAUACUAAUGUCUCUGUUAGACUCGCUUUGUUGUUUUAUAAAAAUUUAUUAAAAACAAUAAUGGGGAACGCGCAGAGUUACAUGGCUGCCUCCCUCACCGUGUGUAGUGCGUAUUUACUUUAUGUGUACAUAUACUGUUCUCAUAUGUUGUUGAAGACAAAUGUACUCAACAACGAGAGACUUCCAAGUUUGGUAUAUCUUUACAUCAAAUAUUUGAGCAAAGUGCUGACUGGGAGGACAGGCUGCUUGUACACACCAGCUACAGCGAAGUGUGAAGUUGUUUACACGGUCCUCAAGUGCCGGCUGGAGACACCCAUGUUGCGGAGGUUCUGCAGUGCUGCAGGUUAUGGGUGGGAUUAUCCAGACACCGAGUACAGAGACAUCCCGCUGUGCUUCCCACAGUUUCUCUGUCAGAGGCUGCUGCUUAUGGUGCUGACUGAUGGAAAUUUCAGGCUCAGCCCAGCAGGUCUGGUUUGUGUGCAUCAAAGUUUGAAAACUCUUCAACCCGUUGAUGAACUGAAGAAGGGCCUGUUCACGUUGCAGGUGCGAGUCCUGGAGUACUGGCAGACUGACGCAGGGGUGGAGGUGGACGUUUGUCUGUCUGCCAUUUCUCGCACCGGAUGUCCAGUGUGGGAGAGCGUUCUGACACUGCUGUCCAAAAACAAGCUCCGCAAAGCCAGCAGAUGUUUAAUGAGGAAAGAAAAUGAGAGUCAACCGGAUGAGCCUAUGCCAGAAAAUGUGAAGCAGGUAGAGCUCAGAGUUCCAAGGACUGCAGACCUGCAGUGUGUCUGGUCCUUCUCCGACUUCUCUCCCUGUCAGCUCCUCUAUCUACCAGUCAGGCUCUUUGGCUGCAGAUCGCACACUUCACCAAAUCUCUGGAUGCUGUCUGUCUGCUUGGCUGAAAUAGAAAAGCACAAAGGGGUUGGAGUCAUCACAGCUCCUAUCAACAUCACUGCCCAGUUUAAAGAGCCUCUGCCGGUACCAGACAGAGUGACCAUCAAGUUCUGGGAGACAACCAAAAGCCAGGUGACUUGGGGAGGAGGUCGACCGUGGGAGGCUUAAGGUAAAGUAAUGUUUUUGAAUAUUUGAAUUUAAAUGGAUUUUUAGGAAAAGUGUUCAUUUCUGUAUGUAUGAUCCUGUAGCCAUUGACUCAUUAUUGUCAUUAAUAAAUAGUCUAGUAGUUUAGUUAGUGCGUAGGACAGGACUGUAUGUUGUGUAAUUACUGUACGCUUCUGCUGUUGGCAUUUGUACUGAUUUAUUUCUGCCAAAAAGAUAAGCCUAUGAUCCUUCACGAAUAGAGCUCUACGUAUGGCACACCACAAAAUGAACUUAAAAUAUAAAAUGCUUCAACUCAAAGUUGUCAUACUAAGGUGAGUUUUAGGUUUUUAAGAUCAAGACAUUAGAGUUGUCAGAUAAAGAAAUAUGGUACAAGUCUAGAGUGUACAAAGAUCACACACUUCAGAUGAAAUUAUUGUCAAAUUUUCCUGUCCUGCCAGUUUAAGCUCCCUCUGCCACAGCUGAAGCUGCUUGUAUUCACUGCUGUGACAAAAACAGCCACCAUCCAAGUGAUAAUGCAAUGAAUGUGUUUACAUCACAACUAUUUUUCUUCUAUUGUUGCUCAGUCACCACCACACGCUGGAGUGGAGCAUGCUGACGCUCACUGGAACAUGUACAUUGCCUUUAUUAUUCAUUUAUAGAGUCCCGAUUCUGUCAUGCAUACGAGUCAGUCAAGUGUAACAGGGUCAGUCUGUUAAGCUGUGGAGUGCACUGCAUUCAGCAUGUAGUAACAUAAAGUCCAAACGCUCUUUUUGAAGUAUUCUUUUAAAACUGUAUUUAGUGGAAAUAGCUCAUUGGUCUUAAUGUAACUUGUCUCCCAGAUGUGUUCUUUGUUAAAUUGCUUGGCACAAAUCAAAAUUUAAACAUCAGGUUUUCAGAAAUAUUACAUUUAGCUGCUGUAGCUCUGGCAGAUAAAAGAUUUCUACUGUAUGAAAACACCUGACGUUCUGCCUAAUCUAUGUUCUGAAGUCACUUUGAGUGAAGUGUUCGUGUUUUACAGAGAUGAAACACACACACACACACAUACUCCUUCCUUGGUAAGAGCACUUUAGAGGAGUUCAUCUGUCUCCUCCUUCAAAGAGCUGAUCCUCAGGGAAUUUAAGUUAUUUUUUGCUUCUUUUAAAAGUACUUCAUUUAUUUAUUCAGAGAGGCCACUACUAAAUGACAGCUUGUUCUCUCUUACUGUUGUUCACAAAACAACUCCACUGCACUGACUAUAUUACCUGCCCCAGUUACUGCGUUAGUGAAAAAUAAUAUCCUUACUGCAGCUGAACAAUAGGACCUUGUAUACAAGGGGCAAGAGAUCUGAAUAAGUUUGUCUGACAUAGUGUCUCUUAGUUGCGAUUGUACAUGAACAAUACAUAAGGGAAAAAUUAAAGGAAUAAACUGAACUGAAUAGUGCAAAGUAAUAACAAAUGUAGAUGUUUCCAUACAGGGCUGUGAAUGAAUGGUAAAAUGAGGUGAACCACAUGCUAUAUUGAACACCUACAGGAGAUUUUAGAACAAUGUGUUUGUGUUCAUUAACAUGACAAAUGUAGAAUAUCUUUUGAAGGAACACUGAAACUGAUCUGGUGGUCUUCAAUGGCCCAACACUUAGUAAUGUGUCAAGUAAGUGAUGAUUUUCAGUCUCAAAUAUCCUGGAAUGGUUCAUUUUCUGAAUCAGCUGUAAAAGUUUGUUUUUCAGACACAGACCAUUAGGCUUUGUGGAUAUCAAUGUCAGCUGACUGGUCAGUUCAUUUUGGUCUGUCCCAAGAAUUGCCAUGUAAUUGGGUGGAGAUAUCCAUGGACCCCUUAGAAUAAAUCCAUAAUGACUGAUCCACUGACCUUUCCUUUAUCCCCACCAGGAGGUUAGGUUUUUCACUAUCCAGUAAAAUAUGUCAACAUGUACAUGUUAAAUUGGCACAUUUUGUACAAACCUUCAUGAUGCCCAGUGGAUUAACCCUGCUGAUAUAUCCUCUAUUUCAAUCAUGAGGUUCACAUUUGUGGUUCUGAGUGAAAUUGAAAGCAGCACAAUAGAAGUAAGUAAUAAAUAAUGCCAAUUCAGUCACAGUUAUUUCAGUUGUAAUCUUCUAUUUUUAAUUUACUUCCAAUAGUCUGAUACAAAAGGUCAAAUUAGUGUGUCACAGUGCAUGCAGCAGAGACACAAAAGCUCCUUUUCCCAGUGGUCAAAGCUCAAGAAUUAACUUCCAAUUUUCUGUUUUGUCUCAGUGCUGCAAGGGAAAAUUCAUGAAGAAGCAAGAAAAAGGCGACAUUGCCAGCAUCCCUCUCUCAUCCCCAACAGGGAGCAGCACUGUGCAGGUCCACCAUGACUACCAGAAGGUGGCUUUUAAGAUGCAUCCUGGGAAUGGUCAUGCUACAGAAAACGGUUUACAAACCAGGAGAGACCAUGUCAUGAGCCGAGAUGGUCCAGGCAAGACGUCCUUUGUUCCAGACAUCAUCUCCAACAGCCAGGACCUGAGGUACAGCAUGAAAGACGAGAGUGUUCAAAAGAACUCCACGUGGAUGAUGGAUUCAAGCAACCAGGCCUAUUCUGGGCAAGAGGACAACUCCACAGACCCAAACGAGAGCCUGACAGAGACGUCAACUCUGACCUUUGUGGACGCUCACACAACUGAGGAAUCGGCAGAGAACCACAGCCUCCACGGGGUGGGAAUGGUUUACCUCAAGGAAUUUGUGCUAAUAGAUGAUGAUGAUGAUGGAGACAUGUCACUAAGAGAGAAAACGGUGACAGACUUGUCCAUCAUGGAUGGAAAAGCUGCUGAUCUGGUGUGUGGGAGACUGCUGUCCACCUCCAGUGGCUCAUUGUCAGAGUGUAAGGUGGAAUCUCCUGCUCCUGAGGCGCCUCCUCCUGAGGAAGUUGAGACCGCAGACAAAAGGAAACGCUGCUGUUCCUGCUCUAUUCUAUGACCAUGUAGCAGUCAUAGACAUGUGUCCAAGAUCAGGACUUUGAAGCUGUCCUGGACAACUCUGGUACAAACACUGCUACAUAUUAAUAUACAGUAUGUGUUCCUGUUAACGUACAGAGCACAAUUAGGUAUACAGUGGGUUUAUUUCCUUUUCUGAUUCAACUUCUCUUUUAUUUAAAUUUCCUGCACUUCUAUCUGGCACUGAUUUUACAGAGCCACUACUGGACAUUAAAAACACCUAUAUUUCUUUAGUCUCAGAAGUUAGCCACUUGUAGAUUUUUCUAAGACUCAACUAUUUAUAUAAUGAUGAAGUGUCUACUUGCUGAGAGGUGUAAUACUUCAUGUGGGUUAAGAUUAUGUUUUUUAAGUUGUACAUAUCUCUGAAGUUUAUUAUAAAAUGUUGAACUAAAAAAUUGCAUGUUCUUGUAAUAUUUGAUCUGAAUGACAGACUUUGUGAUAGCAACACAAGAAGUUUGGAAAGAUCAGGUGCUAACAACAAAUAAAGAUAUCUCCAGUUA